CUCCGCGAACAGUCCCAAGAUGGCGGCGGCGCUGUCCGCUCGCUGUGUGCGUGUCCGCGGCGGGCCUGCCUGGCUGCGGACUGCUCGCGGGGCAGGUGUGUGUGAAGCGAAGCCCUGCUGCAGAUUUUAUCCUGGAAGUGCAUCCGUCCCAAAGGUUGAAGGAACAAAUGUAACAGGGAUUGAAGAAAUAGUCAUUCCAAAAAAGAAAACAUGGGAUAAAGUGGCUGUUCUUCAGGCACUUGCAUCCACAGUAAACAGGGACCCUACAGCUGUACCUUAUGUAUUUCAAGAUGACCCUUACCUCAUACCAACCACUACUAUGGAGUCCCGUUCAUUUUUAUUGGCAAAGAAGUCUGGGGAGAAUGCAGCAAAGUUUAUUAUUAAUUCAUAUCCCAAAUAUUUCCAAAAGGAUGUAGCUGAGCCUCAUAUACCGUGUCUAAUGCCUGAGUGCUUUGAACCUCAGAUUGAAGAUGUUAGCGAAGCUGCCCUGAAGGAACGAAUCAGACUCAGGAAAGUCAAGGCUUCUGUGGACCUCUUUGAUCAGCUUUUACAAGCAGGAACCACAGUCUCUCUUGAAACAACUAAUAGUCUUUUGGAUUUAUUGUGUUACUAUGGUGACCAAGAGCCCCCAGCUGACUGUCCUUUUCAACAACCUGAACGUGCAGAAAACUUGGAAGAGGACACAGAGGAAAAUAAUCAAACCUUCAAGAUGAAGACUGUUUCCUGGAAAGCACAAAACAAUGCUGAGAGAGUCUUUGCUCUAAUGCCAGAGAAGAAUGCACACUCCUACUGCACAAUGAUCCAAGGGAUGGUGAAGCACCGAGCUCAUGCACAGGCAUUGAACUUGUACACCGAGUUAUUGAAUAACAGACUUCGUGCUGAUGUAUAUACCUUCAAUGCACUGAUUGAAGCUAAAGUGUUCACACCCAAUGAGAAAUUUGAGGAAAAAUGGAAUAAUAUACUGGAUCUGCUGAAACAUAUGCUUGCACAGAAGGUGAAACCAAACCUGCAGACUUUCCAUGCUGUGCUAAAGUAUCUCCGGAAGUUUUAUGCGCUUGGAAGGUUGCCAGCCUUACAGACCUUACGUGAAAUGAAACACCUUGGAAUAGAACCCUCACUUGCAACGUACCAUCAUAUUAUUAAUCUUUUUUAUCAGCGAGGUAACACUAUAAAAGUACCAUCCCUCAUCAUCUAUGAUAUCAUGAAUGAAUUAGAGGGAAAGAAGUUCUCUCCACAGGACCUGGAUGAUGAUAAAUUUUUUUCAUCAGCCAUGAAUGUGUGUUCAUCUCUCAGAGAUUUAGAGCUUGCUUACCGAGUACAUCGUCUUUUAAACACGGGGGAGAACCGGAAAUUGAUCGGGGGUGAUUUUCAACGUAAUUACUAUUAUUCCAAGUUUUUCAGUUUGAUUUGUUCAAUGGAACAAAUUGAUGUUACCUUGAAGUGGUAUAAGGACCUAAUACCAUCAGUGCUCUUACCCAACUCCCAAGCAUUGAUAGGUCUUCUCCAAGCAUUGGAUGUGGCCAAUAGGCUAGAAAUGGUUCCUCAGAUUUGGAAAGAUAGUAAAGAAUAUGGACAUACUUUUCGAAGUGCCCUAAAAGAAGAAAUCUUGAUGCUCAUGGCCAGGGAUAAACACCCAACAGAGCUUCAGGUGGCAUUUGCUGACUGUGCUGCUGAUAUCAAAUCCACGUAUGAAAGCCAAGAAGCCCGGCAGAGCGCUCUUGAUUGGCCAGCCAACCCUCUACAUCAUAUAGCUGUCCUUUUUUUAAGAGGUGGCAGAACCCAGGAAGCAUGGAAAAUGUUGGCACUUUUCAAAAAGCAGAAUAAGAUCCCCAGAAGUGAAUUGCUGGAAGAGUUUAUGGACACUGCAAAAGCAUCUGAUAGUCCUGCUUUGGCCAUUGAGGUUGUGAAGCUGGCAAGUGCCUUCAGCUUGCCUGUUUGUGAGAGCCUUGCCCAAAGAGUAAUGGUGGAUUUCACAGUCGACCCCAAGCAAAAAGAAGCCCUGGGUAACCUCAUUGCGUCAAACAACAGUAGCGAUGGAGACAGCAGCAGUGACAGUGACGAUGACAUCAGUGAAGACAAAAGAAAGUGAGAGGUGGUUCACAGUGACUGCUGGAACGUUUGAGGUGGGAAAUUAGGCAGAUCCAGAACUGGGGGUGUAAUGUAAGCACAGUUGUGCAGCACUAGCCUAGCAGACACAAGACCGUGGGAUUCAUCUCCAGCACUACUCAGAUGCAGACCUGGGCAGGUGUUUGCCUAGACAUUGACUAGCACUGUGAAGUCUGGAAGAAUAAAUCCCACAAUGCUGUGUCUGCAGACUUCAUUCCCACUAAUCGUCAUGUUAGUUAGAGUUCCCUGGCCUUUGCUGUCUACCUGAUCUGUGAUAUGCUGAUGGCCUAGAGUUUAAACUGGUUUUCCUGCAGAAACGCAAUUGCUGUUGAAUUAAUUAUCGAAUCCCAGUUUGGAGUACUUAAUGUGAGUAGCUGUCUGAGACCUAAUUAAAUCAAAGCAAGUUACUGGUUUUAGGCUGUACAGCUGGUAAAAUGAUUAAAUAAAACAUGGUGAUUGUUUGUCUUUA